GCGAGGCUGAUGGCCAAGGCCUCUUUUAGAUCCUUGCAUGGCUGCAUAGCCGCGUCUACCGGGAGGGGAGAUAAACUAUCUCGUAUUUUAUCGUUUCAACUAUCGACCAACGAGCAAAACUUAAAAAAAAUAGAAAAAAAAAAGGAAAAAAGAAAUGAACCUGCCAUGUCCCGUGACUUUUGCCAAGCCGGGAAGCCGCAUGCAGUUUCAGUCACCUGAUCACGACAUGAGCCUAUCAGGAUGUCAGGUUUGGACAGUCACCACUGGUUCUGUCUGGCCUGCGCGUUUUCGGGGCUGCACGUUGAACACGGACAUUCGUCUGGGCAUCAGGGGGGGGGGGAUGUAAGAAGCCUGUUCAGCCCUGCAAUCGAUUGUCAACGGCCGUUGUUGGGAGGAGGCCAUAUCCAAGCGCGAUAUCAUCUGUUGUGCUCGGACAUCACGCAGUUGACGUGGCAGGCAGAAAACGAAUACUGGUUGGCUUUCUUGCUUAUUCAUAGGCUACUAUCGUUUGCCCGUUCUAGAAUGGGGUGUGAUGACCCAGAGUUCCUCCAGAGACACGUUGUACUUUCUCCAAUUCCAUGCCGUCGGUUUGGUUCGUCGCGUGAUGGGCUCGUGUCAGGCUCGGAACCUUGACAGAUGGAUGGAUGCCUGACAGAGUCUGACUGUAUUAGAGAGAGAGAAGUAUCUCAAAAUAUGCAUUUAACCUCGACUCCAAGUCAACAAACCCACUCUAUCCGA